AUGACCGGAGCUUCCAGUACCAUGGCCGGCGGGUGGAAGCAGAGGCCCCAGGCUUCCUGUGAGCGGGUGGCGGUGCCUGUGAAUCUGAGGCAGGAGCAUGACCAGAGCUGCUUCCAGGUGACUUAUGAGGACGUGCAUGUGAACUUCACUGCAGAAGAGUGGAAUUUGCUGGAUUCUUCCCAGAAGAAUCUCUACAAAGAUGUGAUGCUGGAGACAUACCGGAACCUCACUGCUAUAGGUUACAGUUGGGAAGAUCAUCAUAUUGAAGAACAACGUCAAGGUUCUAGAAGGCGUGAAAGGCAUGAAAGAAGUCAUACUGGAGAGAAACCACAUGAAUGUAAUCAAUGUGGUAAAGCCUUUUCAUGUCACAGUCAUCUCCAAUCUCAUAAAAGAACACAUACUGGAGAGAAACCACAUAAAUGUAAUCAAUGUGGUAAAGCCUUUUCACGUCACAGUGGCCUCCAAAGACAUAAAAGAAUACAUACUGGAGAGAAGCCCUAUGAAUGUAAUCAAUGUGGUAAAGCCUUUUCAUGGCACAGUCAUCUCCGCUCUCAUAAAAGAACACAUACUGGAGAGAAACCUUAUGAAUGUAAUCAAUGUGGUAAAGCCUUUUCAUGUCACAAUGGUCUCCGAUAUCAUAAAAGAACACAUACCGGAGAGAGACCUUAUGAAUGCAAUCAAUGUGGUAAAGCCUUUUCAGAUCACAGUACUCUCCAAUAUCAUAAAAGAACACAUACUGGAGAGAAACCUUAUGAAUGUAAUCAAUGUGGUAAAGCCUUUUCAUGGCACAGUCAUCUCCAAUCUCAUAAAAGGAUACAUACUGGAGAGAAACCUUAUGAAUGUAAUCAAUGUGGUAAAGCCUUUUCAUGUCACAGUGGUCUCCGAUAUCAUAAAAGAACACAUACCGGAGAGAGACCUUAUGAAUGUAAUCAAUGUGGUAAAGCCUUUUCAUGUCACAAUGGUCUCCGAUAUCAUAAAGGAACACAUACUGGAGAGAAACCUUAUGAAUGCAAUCAAUGUGGUAAAGCCUUUUCAGAUCACAGUACUCUCCAAUAUCACAAAAGAACACAUAUUGAAGAGAAACCUUAUAAAUGUAAUCAAUGCGGUAAAACCUUUGCAAGGCCCAGUCAUCUCCAAAGACAUAAAAGAACACAUACUGGAGAGAAACCUUAUCAAUGUAAUCAAUGUGGUAAAGCCUUUUCAUGUCACCAUAGUCUCCAAUGUCAUAAUAGAACACAUACUGGAGAGAAACCAUAUGAAUGUAAUCAAUGUGUUAAAGCCUUUUUCUCUCAGAGUGGUCUCCGAUAUCAUAAAAGAACACAUACUGGAGAGAAACCCUAUGAAUGUGAUCAGUGUGGUAAAGCCUUUUCAGAUCACAGUCAUCUCCAAUAUCAUAAAAAAACACAUACUGGAGAGAAACCUUAUGAAUGUAAUCAAUGUGGUAAAGCCUUUUCAUAUCAAAGUGGUCUCCAAAGACAUAAAAGAACACAUACCAUAGAGAAACCUUAG